CAGCAAGGCAAGCUAGGCAAGAGCACAUUGCACUCUCUGGCUAGCUUUGCUUGCCACUAAUUAAACACGUUCCAUUUGCUCAAACAGAGUACACACAGACAGACACAGCUUUCUUUUCCUGCCCGUAAUCAGCGUUAUCGGGUGACGACCGCCCGACGAUGGGUGUAGCUAAGGUUCCUCCUGCAGUGCUUUGGUUACUGCUAGGUGUGGUGCUAACCUUUGGAGUUGCAGUUAGCCCGACCCAGGCUUCCAGGGCUAAUCACUACGAUUUCUUUAUAAAGGAGGUUAACGUCACAAGGCUCUGCCACGAGAAGACCAUCCUCGCCGUGAACGGCCAGUUCCCCGGCCCGACCAUCUACGCGCGCAAGGGCGACGUCGUCGUCGUCAACGUCUACAACCAAGGCAACAAGAACAUCACCAUCCACUGGCACGGCGUGGACCAGCCACGCAACCCGUGGUCGGACGGGCCGGAGUACAUCACGCAGUGCCCCAUUCAGCCCGGCGCCAACUUCACCCAGCGGAUCAUCUUCUCCGAGGAGGAGGGCACCCUCUGGUGGCACGCGCACAGCGACUUCGACCGCGCCACCGUGCACGGCGCCAUUGUCAUCCACCCCAAGCGCGGCUCCGCCUACCCCUACAAGAAGCCCCACAAGGAGAUACCCAUCAUCCUCGGCGAGUGGUGGAAUGUAGAAGUCGAGCAAUUGCUCGAGGAGAACAAGCGGGACGGCGGCGACGUCAACAUUUCGGAUGCGAACACCAUCAACGGCCAGCCCGGCGACCUGUUCCCGUGCUCCAAGAACGGCACCUUCAGGAUGCUCGUGGAGCACGGCAAGACGUACCUGCUCCGGGUCAUCAACGCGGGGCUCACCAACGAGAUGUUCUUCGGCGUCGCCGGACACCGCCUCACGGUGGUCGGCACCGACGGUCGCUACCUUAAGCCGUUCACCGUCGAGCACAUCAUGAUCUCGCCGGGUCAGACCAUGAACGUGCUCCUCGAGGCCGACCGCGCCACGGACGGCUCAAGCAACAGCCGAUACUACAUGGCCGCGAGGACGUUCGCGACCAACACGGGAAUCCCGUUCGACAACAGCACCGCCACGGCCAUCCUGGAGUACAUAGACGCGCAUCCCUCGGCGGGUCCGCCGGACUUCCCCAACCUGCCGGCCGUCGAAGACAUCGACGCGGCGACGGCGUACACGGCCCAGCUCCGGUCCCUUGUCAGCAAAGAAUACCCGGUGGACGUACCAACGCACGUCGACGAGCACAUGCUCGUGACGAUCGCCGUCAACGUGCUCCCCUGCGGGCCCAACAAGACGUGCAAUGGCCCCGGCAAAAACCGCCUCGCGGCGAGCCUCAACAACGUCAGCUUCGUGAACCCGUCUGUCGACGUCCUCGACGCCUACUACUACUCCAUCCACGGCGUGUACGAGCCGGACUUCCCCAACAGGCCACCGUUCUUCUUCAACUUCACCGACCCCGACCUGCCGGAGGCGUUCUGGUUCACGAAGCAGGGCACCAAGGUGAAGGUGCUGGAGUAUGGCACCGUCGUGGAGGUGGUGUUCCAGGACACGGGCAUCCUUGGCGCCGAGAGCCACCCCAUGCACCUCCACGGGUUCAGCUUCUACACGGUGGGCCGAGGGUUCGGUAUCUUUGACGAGAACAAGGACCCGGCCAGGUACAACCUGGUCGACCCGCCGUACCAGAACACGGUCUCCGUGCCCAAGGCCGGGUGGGCCGCAAUCCGCUUCCGUGCGGCAAAUCCUGGGGUAUGGUUCAUGCAUUGUCACUUCGAUCGCCACACGGUGUGGGGAAUGGAUACCGUGUUCAUUGUGAAAGAUGGGAAGACCCCGGAGGCUAAAAUGAUGCCGCCUCCUCCUGACAUGCCCAAGUGCUGAUGAAAGAGCGGAAUGACAGCAGUUUGCCUUCAAAGGCAGUCAAACAAAAGUUAUUCGCUAUACAUUUUUUAGUCGAGAUGUACAUCCAAUAAAUCUAGCUUUCCGUUGAGAUUCAUGUAAUUAGUGCCAUUUGCCUUUUAUUCCAUUUGUUUAGAAGGGAAUAGUACAUUGUUGGAUCACUCAAUUGUUUUGGUUUGUUUGUAAGUGUAACGAAACAUGUUUGCUAAGGAGCUAUGUGUUUUCUAUCUCAUACAAAUGCAAUAUAUACCCGGGUGUCGUAUAUUUUCUAA